UCGCGGAGAGGACCCGCAGAGAAUUGUAGCUGGAUUGAUCGCGGUAGUUUUGGAUUCGUGCUACUCUAUCUAUUCACGAUGUCUUCGCUUAUUGGAAAUAUAGCAACUUGUGCCUUUCUCCUGAUGAUCCACGCGUCAAUGGUUGCAGGUGAAUUUGAGGUGCCGAGUGCUGCCGAAGGCUACGUAGGUCAAAGCACCACUCUCCAGUGUAGGCUUGAAGGCUAUCACAGGUGGUAUGUCAUUUCUUGGAUCCGAAGAGAGCCUGACGGAUCCGAAGUUACGAUCGUGCGCUUACCAGCGGAUUCCAAGACACCGGAAUGGGCAACUGGCGUGGAUUAUUCCUUUAAAUCCCGGAUCAGGCAGAAAAUCACUAUUGAGACAGAACUGACGGAGUUUACUCUUGUGUUGAGAGACCUGCAGUGUUCGGAUCGGGGGAUGUAUGUCUGUAAAUAUGUGGGGACGUCUACAGUGCAAAAGGUGCUGCAUCUGUCUGUUAAAGUUGACGCCACGCGACCAUCCAUCCAUUAUAACUACUUGGUCAUUGAGGUUAACUCGUCCUUAAUUGUCGAUUGCAAGGCCAAGGUCGGAUUUCCACCCAAAAAGCUCACUUGGCUGUACAGGCCGAAAGGUCAUGACCGGUUCAAGGUCAUUCCGAACAAUCGGCCAGUGAGAGAACUUAAAAACAAUGAGUGUGAUAUCUACGCUACCCAGCCACUGGAAAUAUUUGCGAAUUCGAACGCAACAGGUGUAAUAUACAGAUGUGCUUUCGAAGGAGAAUAUAACAGGAAUAAUAUGUUCGAUGACGUUAGCGUACAUUUACCAGCUAUAGAAAUUAAACCUGCUACGGAAAGACACGAUUGCAUGAAGACCGGAUCUUGUGCCAUGGAGGCAGUAGUAGAUAGCGACCCAAAUCGAGGAUCGAGUUCAACACCAACAGCACGCCUUACAGUCAUGGUGGUUUUGUGUUUGACAUCCCUGGCCGGUUUGUAAUGCAGAGAGUACUCAAGUUACACCUUCAUCAGUCCCCGCGGGCUUCAUCUACAGGACUGACACCCGGUGUCCUGUGCUGUCAAUGGUACCACACCAUCCGUGACGUCAUAUAACGUCGUGUCUGGAAGAAAUGACAUCGUCAACAGUUUCAAUAGAAAUACAAUAUACAGCCAUUUACAGUGACAUUUC